AAUUUACGAAUUUACCUGCCAUGCCAUACUAUUUAGUUUACUCAUCCCGUGCCACUAAAUAAAUUUUAAUAAACAAUACUAUUUUACUUUUUGCUCCUCUAUAAUCACAAUUAUUACAUAAUAAUUACUAUCUAUCGAGUAUCAAUAAGGAUUUUUAUGGUUCCAUACUUAUUACAGAUAAUCUAAUCCGUUCUAUUAUAAUAAAUAGGUUGUUGCAAUGCAGCAUAAUAUUCUUAAAUAUUAUGUCAUACGUUUCUUUAAACCAUCAAAUUUCCCCAAACGUAAAUUAUCUCAAGAUUUAACAUCAAAACAGGAUUCACUUAGUUACUGUGCGAAUAUUGUAAGAUAGACAGCAUGAUUAUGAAAAUUAUUUGGCUACAUUACUUAUGACCAAAAGUCUUCGAUCCCCCACUCUUGUUAUAAGAGCUUUAAAUGCAGAAGUUGCUCGAAUACAGGAUCAAACUCGAGAUCCACAGAUAGCUGAUAUGAGAUUGCAAUUCUGGCAGGACACAGUAAAUCAAAUUUUUAAGAAAUCCCAAGAUCUUUCUAAUAUACCAGCCAAUCCAGUUGCACAAGAAUUGUUUAAGGUAUGUUCAUGCUACAAGCUGCCACGGAGAUACUUAGAAAGGCUAGUACAGUCUCGUAAAAGUAUAUUGAAAACAAAAUACUUUCAAUGUAUGGAAGAUAUUGAAAACCACUCGGAGCAUGCUGUUUCCUCUGUGUACUAUUUAGUACUAAGUAUAGCUGAAAUAAGUAAUGUACAUGCUGAUCAUGCAUCUUCACAUUUAGGAAAAGCACAAGGAAUUGUUAAUAUAUUAAGAUCUAUUCAUGUCUCCAAUUACCUAAAAUUGGUUUCAUUACCAAUGGAUGUAUUGAUGAAAUAUAGUGUAAGUCAAGAAUCAGUUUUAAGAGGAAUAGACAGUGACUCAAUUAGGAAUGUGGUAUUUGAAGUAGCAAGUCGAGCUAAUAGUCAUUUACAGAAGGCUAGAAGUAUUGAAGUGCCGAAAGAAACUCAUCAAAUAUUUUUACCUGCUGUUGCUAUAGAAAAAUACCUUAAGAAGUUGGAGAAAGCAAAUUUUAAUAUAUAUGAUGUAUCUUUGCAAAGAGGAAAUCCAACAUUACCUUUCCAUUUAUACUAUAUCAGGUUAUUGAAUAAAUACUAAUAAUAUACUAGUCAAAACAAAAUAAGGGCCACCACGUUUUUACAGUAUUCUCAUGAAUUGUUGAGGUUUAAAGGUUGAUCAAUGAUUCGAUUGGAUAAAUUGAUUGAUUUUUAUUGUGGACAGCAUGAAAUAAUGAUGCAAACAAAUGAAACAAGAAAUUAUCUCCACUUUUUCAAAAAAAUUGCAUUUUUUCAAAAAUAAUUAGUGAGGAAAAAAAAUGGGUUGAUUUGUGACUUUCCUCAACAUCUAGUAAGCCCUCCUCAUUUUCUAAUGCACUCUUGAAGCCUAGAAAGUACUCUCCACCAGGUGUACCACUGUUUCUUGAGGAAUUUGUUCCCAGCUUCAUUUCUGAAUGUUUAUUAGCUGUCUUUCAUUGUGCACGGGUUGGUUUGUGUUUCAGUAAAUCCCACAUGACAUGGUCAAUGGGAUUGAGAUACUGACUGUUUGCAGGCCAGGGCAACACCUGUAAACCAACCAGCCUCCUCUUAGGGCUUCUCUGUUGGCCCAGCUGCAUGAUCGCGAGCAUUAUCGUGCGUCAGAUGGAAUCUUGCACCGAUUCUAUGUGAAUAUGAGACCACAUGGGGUCUAAUGAUCUCCUCGAUGUAACAUUGAGCUGUUAUUGUGCCUUCGUUUAAAAUUUCUAGCUCGGUACUGCCUGACAUAGAGAUUUCUCCCCAUACCAAAACAUUGGAGCCCCCAAAUCUGUCACUUUCAUGGAUACAAGCAUCCGAAAAUCGCUCACCUUUACGCCUCCAGCCCCUUAUACGACGGUCCAUUAUCACUAAAAGUUUAACUUUACACUCAUCCGUAAACAAUACUGUCCUCUAAUCAUUCAUAUCCCAUGCAAGAUGCUGACUUGUGAUCGAUAAUAGGUUUGCAUGAGUAGCACUUGUUAAUGGUAUCCACACUACGCGUCUCCUGGAGAACUGCUGGUCGUCGUGUAAGCGAUUUCUAAUGGUUUGAUCACUAACUCGUGUACCGAUCGCCUGCCGCAAACGGUUUUGUAUGGAGCGGUCUGUGAUACAGGGUUCUUUGCGCGCAGUCAAGCGCACGUAGCAGUCCUAUUGUGCGGUAUUGCUCAUACUGCCAAAGCCUUGUCUCCUGGUUAGACUCCCAGUCUCCUGAAAACGAUUCCAAACAUUCUGGAUCGCACGCCGGAAAAAACGCAGCUGCAACGCCACAGAACGCUGCGCAUGGCCUUCUUGAGGCAAUUAGUUACGGUUGGCAAGUCCAUAUGAUGUUGAAUUCUCGGCAUAACUGUCUUAAAAUGUUAAUUCAGCCACUAGUUAAACAAAACUUACAGUGUUCUUGACAGAAUCGUCAAUUUGACUGAGUUGAAAUGGGAUAGAAUCAAGUGUUUCCAAUAAAUUAUUAAAAACUACCCACUUUAAACAAUUAUGCAGGUGGAAUAUUCAAAAAAUUGUGUGUAAAUAAAUAAGUUAACACCACGAUAAAUAAUCCAUAAAAAAUAAAUUAUCACCAACAAGUCAAAAAAAUCAAGUGACCCGGCCCUUAUUUUGUUUUUGACUAGUAAUAUAAUCACACCUCUCUCCAAUGUAGGUAGCAGAUAUUACUGAUCUCCAUUUACCAUGGAUGGCCUUUUCUUCCUUACUCAUCACACAAGUUCCCUUAUUCACGUUGUGGAACUCUGAAAUGACAUACCAUCCAUAGUAAUCCUUUUGAAACGGAUUUGAUUGGAUUCUGUAAUGUGUUUCAUAUAAAUAUUUAAAGGUAGAUUACUUUCUAAACCGUAAAAUAAAUACUUUUGGAAUUCGAUGGGUAUAUUUUAGAAGCUGAAAAGUAGUUAUAAUGACAAAAUGUUAAAUAAAAUAAACAUGUAGAAA